GUUACUACUUCAUGACUACUCCGAGCUCAGUGUGUACUGCAAUGCAACGGAAAAUAUGCGUGUUUACCAAAGUCGUUUCGGUAGAACGGUGUCGUGUGUUGCGUCACGUUUAAGGAAAUUGAUAGUGCGCCGAGGCCGACGUGACUAACAUUAUCGUGAUUGUGCUCAUUUUGUGUUCAGUUUUUAAAAAUUCAAUUGAUAUAUUAGUGUGGUGCUGUGAUUUAACAUUAAAAUGGAAUUUAUUUUUUCUCAUCCCGUUUCUCCCUGUGGGUGGAGGCCAGACAAAUGUCCGACGUUCGACACGCCGCGCGACCGACAUAACCUUGUGCUGUCGAAUGGCGGCGAGUGGGGAGAGGGCGCCCAGUUGGCCAGGUGCUGCCGCCGCGUCGAGUUCGGCGCUAUAGCUAAACUAAAUACGCAGUGUUGUACAUUUAGAACGUUCACAAUGGCUACCGCGAAAGACACGUCUACUUUCUUUCUGGAGGCAGAUGCAAAAGAUUUUGACAGUGUUUUAAAGUUAUACCCUCAAGCGAUUAAACUAAAAGCUGAAUUGAAAACAAAGAAACCCGAUGAGCUCAUAAAAUUGGACAAUUGGUACCAGAAUGAAUUGCCAAAGAAGAUUAAAUCCAGAGGCAAGGACGCGCACAUGAUACACGAGGAGCUUGUACAACUCAUGAAAUGGAAACAAGCGAGAGGAAAAUUUUAUCCACAAUUAUCAUAUUUGAUAAAAGUGAACACGCCGAGGGCUGUGAUGGCAGAGACGAAGAAAGCCUUCCGAAAGUUGCCGAACAUAGAGUCGGCGAUGGCGGCGUUAAGUAAUUUGAAGGGAGUGGGCACGGCCACCGCUUCAGCAGUGCUGGCGGCGGCAAGCCCCGACAUAGCUCCGUUCAUGGCUGAUGAAUGCGUGCAGGCGAUCCCCGAGAUGGAAGGAAGCGAUUACACUGCCAAGGAAUACCUCAAUUUUGUAACCCAUAUUAGGAAAGUCUGUGAUAGGUUAAAUAAGGAACAAAACGGCUGUGGCAACAAGUUUUCUCCACACAUGGUAGAGCUGGCGUUAUGGACGCACCACGUGAUAUCAGACUUGCAGCCGGAACUGCUUGGCAAGGAACCCAGGACGGUAGCGCCCGCCAACGGGGGCUCACCUCUACCCAGUGAUGAGAGCAAUCUUGAACCACCCUCCACCAAUGGCAAUGGAAAAUUAGGUGCAGACUCAGUGAAUGAGGACACGACGACGUCGUGCACAGAGGACUCGAUGGAUGCGAAAGCUGCGUCUCCUGCGACCCCCGCCACCCCCGCGUCCCCCUCCGACAACUCCGACUCCGCCUUCAGCACGCCGCGCGCCAAACGGCAAAUGGAGGAAGCCAGCUCAGAAGAGAACUCACUGGGUGACUCAUCAGACGCGUCCGCGUUACCUAUCGCUAAGAAACUUCGAAAAGCUACACACUGACAUCCGCGCACUCCCACCAAGCGACCCUCGUGCGCCUAUAAAUAGCUUUCUAGACUAAAAUAUUGUACCUAGGUAAUUUAUUUUUCAAUUCCGAUUAAUUUUAACUUAGCGUUAAGUUUAAGUACCGGUCGAUUUUGUAAGUUUUAUAGGGUAUCGAUAUUUGGAGCGUGUACCGAGUGGUCGGGCGCGUUCGAGAGUAUGAGAUUGUACAAUAUUUCGAUGUGAGUGUAUCUUCGGAGUGGCCCACGAGGGGGCCUAGCGUUAGGUUUCGUUUGUAAUCAUUUUUAACGUUCGAACGUUCGCAUCCAGCGUGACAUUCCAAUAAUUGUAAAGUUUCGGCGGCGAGGGCGCAGGGCCGUCGCCGCGGAGAGAUCCGGACCAGAUGCCUUGACGAGGCCGCGAGGCCGCCAUUCACACCAUUGCCUUAUGACACAGUCUGCCCGCAGAGUUUAUAUGCAACAAGAUAAUACAAAGGUCGUGUUACCCGGGCGCCGGGCACACGGGCCCACAUGUAGUUUUUAUUGAACAAAUAUAAGAUAUUAAUUUUAUAAUGUCGCAUUUUUCAUUUCAACCAAAAAUAAACCAAACUUCCUUAUUCCGAAAUAUUGUAUUUAUUCACAUGUUCUUACAUUAUACUAUUACCUUAUUAUCUAUUAUAAUGAGCAAUGCAAGAACGAAACAAAAUUCAAUAUAAAUUUUGUCUUCAAUUUCUAUUACAUUGUCACUUUCAACACAACUCGAGUUGUUUUGCAACACCAUAAUAAUACACGCGUCACAAAUGGCCAUUGCCACCGCAAGCGGCGGCCGGCGUUGCCGAACCACAUAACAUUAAUCAGGCAACCACAUCCGGAGUUCUAUCGACUUCCAUUUAUUAUGUUUUAGCGAUAGACUCGAAUGAGAUUUUAUUACAGGACAAUCAACGACUUGUGCCGAAUUUUACACUUUGGCCUGCGGUAGGUACUGGAUAUCGAUUCAAUUGUACGAACAAUUGAAGAUUAAUGAGGUGUUUCGACGUCUUGUUGUAACUGCGGGUACAAGGUCGCGAUUCUAGUGCCGGCGGCCAUGCGGCCGGCGAAGUCAGGUCGUCGCGCGGGCCGGGGCGCGCCGAGUAAGGCAUCGAGUACAUUGCGGGGUGCCCACACGUCGCUGCCGUUGCCGGAACUGCCGUUGCCUGAACUGCCGUUACCAGCCCCUACAGGGGAUAGCGGCGAGUCUGUAGUCGCGCGAAUCACUGUGGCACGAGAUUCG